UCCGGUUCCAACCAUUCGAGAUCUAAGAUGGCGGACCGGCGGCGAAGGAGGAGGCGCGCGUCCCAGGACAGCGAGGACGAGGAUGAGUCGGGUUCGGGUUCGGAAAGCGGGAAGUCCAGCUCCCCGACCACCAAGAGCCGUGUGAGAGACCCCGACCCGCCGGAGGUGACAGCAACCCGACCAGAGCCGAAACCCGAAGUGGAGUCGGAGUGUGAGAGUGAAGAUGGUGUAGGAGAAGCUGUCCUCUCAGACUACGACAGUGCUGAUCCGGAGGAAAACGGCUCCCAUUCAGAGGGAGUGGAGGAGGAAGAGGAGGCGGAGCAGUACAGCGAUGAAGAAGCUCCAGCAGCAGCCACCGAGCCCAAGCCCUCCGCCCCAGCCGAUGGCCCGGCAAAGGUAGAGGAAGUGGUGGAGGUGGCUGAGGAGGAAGAGGAGGAGGAUAAGGGUGAAGAGAAAGAGGGAGAGACAGAUGAAGGAGGACAGACAAAAGAGGAGAGCAAAGCAGAGGAGAAGGAGGACCUGGCUGGAGAGAGACAAAGCGGGGACGGGCAGGAGUCUACUGAUGACCCCGAGACGAAGGCGGAAGGGAUACCUGGACAGAAGCUGGACGAUGACGAGGACCGGAAGAAUCCAGCCUACAUCCCGAGGAAGGGUCUGUUCUUCGAACACGACGUCAGGGGGCACGCUCAGGAGGAGGAGAGGCCUAAAGGUCGAAACAGGAAGCUGUGGAAGGACGAGGGUCGCUGGGAGCAUGACAGGUUCAGGGAGGAGGAGCAGGCGCCCAAGAGCCGCGAGGAGCUCAUCGCCAUCUACGGCUACGACAUCAGGAACGGCGGCGGCUCCGGAGAGCGGCCAUACCGGCAGCGCAGGCCAAGACAGAGUGUGUCUCCGGGCAGAGACAAGCGCUGGAGGGACGGAGGAGAGCGACCGGUCCGAUCCUGGCACAGCGGAGGAGGAGGAGGAGGGGUACACCGAGGAGGAGCUCCAUCCUCCUCCACAUCCCCUUCCAAUCUUCCUCUAUCUUCCAAUCAGCGGAGCAGCAACGCCUCCAGACAGCCUCCCCCCCGCAGCAGACCAUCUCAUCCCCAGCAGAAUCAAAUGCAGCUGCCGCCUCAGUCCCAGUACAGGAAUAACGAAUCAAACGCAGCCCAGAUGCACCCCAGAGAAUGGCCGGGCCCUAAAGCUCAGUGUGAGCCCACAGGAGACAGGGGAGUGGUCAACCGGGGGGGGCGUGGUGGGGGGAGGGCGCCCUCUGUGCUGGUUGAGGACAUUACCGUCAGCCACGGAGGUGCUAAGGAAGUGGACUCCGGCGUUGUAACCACGUCACAACCAGGGUGUUACCCGUCUGCGUCUCCGAGGCGACAGCAGCAGGAACUACGAGGGAGCGGUGACAGGUCUUCCUCUGCCGCUGACCCCCCCAAACAGUCAGCACAGACCAAUCGGGAAGCCUCCCCCCCUGCAGAGCGGCCGGUGGAGCGUAAAUCUUACUCUGCGGCCCGCAGGACUCGCUCUCGGCCCUCCGACCUGGGCAGUAAACAGCCGUCUAUUGAGGAGUCUGCAGCUGUAGGGAACUCCUCCUCCCCCGGAGACGUGGGGGGGAAGAGCUGGUCGGGGGCAGGCAACGGGCCGAGUCUGGCGGGAGGAGGUGGCGGCGGGCUCGGGGAGCUUGACCAGGACGUGGCUCAGCUCAGUCUGGUUGGACAGAGCUGGAGCCCCAACCCAACUUCGUACUUCCGCUCCGAGAUGAGGGGCCUCCCCAACACCAUGCACAUCCCUGGCAGCCCGCCUCAGUUCUCCAACAUUGAAGAAAUCGGUGUCGGCUCAAACCGAGCCAAGCGAUACUCGUCCCAACGUCAGAGGACCGUACCAGAGCCGGCACCGCCCAUGCACCUGGGGGUGAUUGAGGGGCACUACUAUGAACCCAUGUCGUACCAGGGACCAAUAUAUGCCCACGGUGAUGGACCCGCCCCCAUCCCGCCGCAGAGCAUGCUGGUCCAGCCUGAGAUGCACAUGUCCCACCCCGGUCUCCAUCCCCACCAAUCAGGCGGCCCGAUUGCUAACCCCGCCCUCUACGGAGGCCCGCCAGUUUCUCUGCCGCCGGGGCCGGGGCAACCUCAGCAGCUGCUGCCCCCGCCGUUUUACCCACCGCCGGGCGUCAUGACCUUCCCGUACCCCGCCAUGUACCCGACUCCACAGGGUCAGGCCCAGGUGACGUACGGCGGCGUGACGUACUACGACACCAUGCAGCAGCAGGCCCAGCCCAAGCCCUCGCCCCCCCGCCGCACCUCGCAGCCCGUCACCGUCAAGCCCCCCCCUCCGGAGUUACGCUUCGCCUCAGAGUGACACCGCUCCCUCACUCCCCCCCCCCCCCCCCUCGCCAUCCAGUCUCAGCCUCACUCCCAUCGGAACACUACAGGAGCCGGGUGGGGGGUCAGUGAGGAGCUGCGGUCCCCACCAACACUGUCCAGGAAGCGGGGGGGGGACUCGCAGCAGGAACAUUAUCCUUCUUUUUUAUUGUUUUCCCCGUUUUCUCCUCUUUGUUCCCGACCCUCUAGCAGUGAGGCAGACUGCUCUGUAACUCGGCAGCCGCAGGGUUGAUGCCACCAACGUGUCUUUGAGCAACAACAAAGCUGAACCUGGAAAAGUAAAAAAAAAAAAAAGUCUCCAGAACCCUUAUGAAGCAUUUAACAUGGCACACACGCAUGGACCGGCUGUAGUUGUGAAAGGUAUUUUAUUUAUUUUGACGCGGAAGUUUCGUGUUGCGUCGGACUGAAGCAGGCAAUAUAAACGGUCUCCUUUUUUAAAAUCUGAUUAUCACACUGUACUCAGCUAGUCCGUUUUAUUUGUCCUUUUAAAGUAAUCAGAGUUAAUGUGCUGUUGGAGAAUGGGUUGAGUCUGAACGCAGGCGACCCGGUGCUUCCUGUUACAGCUCACUUGAUGGUUUCAGGUUUUUUGUCCCUUCUCACAGGCUGACAGGCAGUUCCUAUAUUCAAAGAUCUCUGCAUUCAUUACUAUAAAUGACUCUCAAAGUCAGAGGUUAUGUCUAUAAAUGUCAUGUAUAUUCAAUUUAAUAGGAUAUAAAACAGAAGCAGCAGAUGUUCAUAUUUGAGGCUCAAAAUAAUAUUUUCUGUGGUUACCAAAUAAAACAUGUUAAAUCAGUGUUUAGUACCAAACCCUGUAAGGAAGUGAGAAAUGUUUAUUUUUCUGAUAUAAAUGGUUUUCCUCUGUUCUAUUACCUACGAGGUUUUUUUCCAACAAUAUUAGCACCAGUAUUCUGCUUUUAUUCUUUGCAUUACAAAAAGCUCAAAUAGGGAAGGAGGCAAUAUAAAAAGUUACGAGUUGUAAAUGUACGAGAGAACAUGACGUUCCAGGGAACAUUUACGUUUUUGUUCUUGUCAUUUUUUCUCGUAAAGUUAACGUAGAUUUUUUUGGACAGUGUACCCAUUGAAGUUUAGUUUUUUGUUUACAGAAAUGUACAUGUUUGUUUCCGACUUUGAAAUAAGAGAGCAGCGGGAAUCCAAUUCUUCUUAUUUAUUUUUUGCUAAAAAUUCAAAUUUCCCUGAAACAAAAACAUCACACAGAGGGACUUUAAAGGUUUGGAUCAGAGUUGUGAAAGCUUCUAGAAACAUCAUCCUGGCAAAAAAGUUUUUUCCCGUCAGCCACUGCUUCAUUAACACAGAAGUCAAAACCAUGUAGCUCAGACUUUAGAAGUGGGUCAUUAUCAAACCAGCUUUUUAUGUUUUAUUUCCCGACGGCAGCUUUUCACUGAGCAGAGUGGAAGUGUUGGCCGUCUGACAGAAGCGUUUAUGUUGCUGUAUAUAAAAAAAUCUAAAUGUGUAUAUAGAGGCUUGAACAGAUGAGAGAGCAGUAAGCAUAUUCUAAUAAAACUACUAGAUCUGAUUCAGAGCAAUCGGCAGGGACCUCGAAUGUUAACGGUGGAUUUAAUUUAGGGACAACAAAGGAGCUGUGUGGCUUUAGCUAUGAUUUGUAUGAUUACUUUUCCUUGUUUAAUUUUAAUACUGUUUUUCCUUUUUUAUUGUUAGUAAAUGCAGGAGUGUCAUGAGGAUGUAUUUGUUUUCACGUACACUGAGGAAACCACUUUAUCUAACAAAGUAUUCAUUGUUUGUCCUGCAGCAGAAAUACACUUUCAGAGACAGAAGUUUAACCAGAAUUAAAGUGUAUUUCUCACGCGUUCGCAUCUUGCAGCGCUUUAUUUUACGUCUACGGUAAAGAAUGAUGUGAUGGUGGUUUUAAAAGCAGAAAGAUUUCAAUCAUUCAAUGAGAAUCUGUUAAAACAGGUCAAUAAAGAAGCUCAUUUCUGCAAGAAAAAGUAAAACAGUUUCUGGAGACGUCUCGAUGUUUCACUUUAGGUACUGAUUACCAUUUCUAUCGAGUAUUCCACUGAAAAUAUAUUCAAUUAAUCUACAAUUAAGGGUUAAAACAAGAAUUUAUAGAAAGCCAAUCUAAAUUUCCGAGGUUAAAGUUGUGAAUAUGAGGAGAAAACUGAUAUUCUCAAAUAUAAGGGAAAGUAUGUGAGAGUUUUGUUUAUUCUGAACUGUGGAAUUUCAUAACCUCAGGGAAUAUUCUUUGUUUUCUUUUAGUCAUAUUUUUUCUUGUAAAUGUACCUCUUUAAUCUCUGAGAUUAUUCAAAUUGUUUUAUGACCUUUUCUUAUUUUAAGAGGACUGCUGAUGUCGUUAUUUGGUUUUUUUUUUUGUUCUCAAAUUUGUGAAUUUCUCCAAGUAUAUUAUAGUUUAUUCAACACUAAAUCCCAUUAAACUAUUAUUGUACAUUUAUGAUUUUCCCGUGGGGAGGAGAAGUACCCCUUUAAAUGUGGAAAUUUGAGUAUUUGCUCCUUAAUCUAGAAGAAUAUUCCAAAUCCUUUUUUCAAAUGAACUAUUAGUUUGAAGUUAUCUCGUGUUUUUAUUCAUAAAUGUAGCACUUUUUCUUGACAUUUUUUUCUUUUAUGUUGAGAUUUUUUCUCGGAAACUUACAACUUUAACCUCGGGAACAUGAUUUUUUUUUUUCUUGGAAAUUUGCGGCUUUUAUUUUCAAAUUCUCUAAGACCUGUUUUUUCUCAUACAUUUACCACACAAUUGUUUGGAAAUUCUGUUCAAUUUCAAUUAUCAGGAUGUUUAACCAACAUACCCUUUUCAAUUAUUAGGAUGUUUAAUCAUCAUACCUUUUCAGUGUUUGUUUCAGAUAUUUUUGCUUUCAAAAUUCAUAGUUGUAAUUCCUGGAGGGAUGGAGCGUGAAAACGUGUUUUGGGGUGAUGCAUGACGCACAUUCAAUCUGCCUUAUGAGAGGGUGAAACUCGUUAGAGUCUAAUUGAUUCAUCAGCGGAUUAUAAAUGUUGUGGAUGGUAGAAACAUUAAGGGGCGGACUCGUUUCAGUCCAACCUUUUUUUCUUUCUUUCUGAAUUGCUACUUUCAUGUUCGAGAAGAAAGUGGUUUGGCGGCAAAUCCGUGGACUGGGCUAACUGUUGGCGGCCAUGUUUGUUCCUUUUAAUGUUACGGUGAAAACUGCAUCCGUGGUUUGUUUUUGUUUGUUGGUGGAGAACGCUGUUAUCCACACAGAGGAUCAAUAAAGAAAAUGAUUGAAACUU